GUCCCCAUCCUGGCCACACAGGGCCGGGAGGUCAGUAGGAAGCCUUCGGCUAGUGGCGAGAAAGGACCCAGAUUACGGGCAGGGGGCUCUGCGGGAGUUGCCUCAGUGCUCGGAGCAGUUGGGUAUGGGUACCGAGAAAAAAAUUCCAGAACCGGAUUGCCAGGAACAGUUUCAGGCCGCAGUGAGAGUCAUUCAGAACCUGCCUAAGAACAGUGAUGGCUAUUACCGCCCCUCCUACGAAGAGAUGCUUCGAUUCUACAGCUACUACAAGCAGGCUACCAUGGGGCCCUGCCAGGCUCCCCGGCCUGGGUUCUGGAACCCCAUUGGACAAUAUAAGUGGGAUGCCUGGAACAGCCUGGGCAAGAUGAGCAGGGAGGAGGCCAUGUCCGCCUACAUCACUGAGAUGAAGGUGGUGGCACAGAAGGUGAUUGAUACAGUGCCACUGGGUGAGGUGGCAGACGACAUUUUUGGUUACUUUGAGCCCCUGUACCGGCUGAUCCCUGACAUGCCGAGGCCCCCAGAAACCUUCCUAAGAAGGGUCACAGGUUGCAAAGAGCAGGUAAUGAAUGGAGAUGCUGGGGCUGCCCCGGAGCCUCCCUGCUUCCCCAAGGAACCAGCACCUGCAAGCCCAGAGUGUCAGCCACCCAGGGACCUGGACUCCGAGGUUUUCUGUGAUUCCCUGGAGCAGCUGGAGCCUGAGCUGCAGGUCUGGGCGGAGCAGAAGGGCGCCCCUGGAGGAGAGCCUGACAGCAGAAGCAGCCCUGUGCCCCCAACAGAGAAAGAGGGGUUGAAAGGCAGCCUGCCAGGGCCCCAGGAAUUGGACACGUGGCUGGUGGGGACAGUUCGAGCACUGCAGGAGAGCAUGCGGGAUGUCCAGGGGAGACUGCAAAGCCUGGAGAGUAUGCCUGGCCCCCGCAAGCAGCAGACGCCCCCAUCCCGUGCUCGUCCUUGGCCCCUCAGGAUCUCGGGUCCUACGCUGCUCUUCUUCCUCCUGUGGCCCUUCAUUGUCCAGUGGCUCGUCAGACAGUUUCGGACCCAGAAGAGGUGACUCUCAAUGAAGGAGUCUCUGCAGCCAACGGGGGAGGCUACGAGUCCCGUUCUGCCGUGCCCUGAGAGCCUUUCCAGGGUUUAGGAACCAGCAUUAAUCCCCGCCCCCACACCACCACUACCAAUCAGUGUUUGCCUUGGCACCCCUCCUCUGUUGGGGGAGGGGACAAAUAAGACCCCACCUUUCCCGGCAACAUCACAGGGCGGCUUCUCCCAACCCUCCCCCGACCCCAACCCAUCCCAGGUUUCCCCGGAAGGUUGCUUCUGCGGUCCACUUCCUAGGUUCUGGGAGGGCCCGUGACUCAGGGGCGGGGCUGCCGUGUCUCAGCCUCUGCCCUCCCCACCCCCUAGGUCACCUGACUCUUCUCCUCCCCAAGCCUCUCCCUGUGGAGGUUUAGCUCUUGGGCAAGUUGGGACUUGGGCCGGGUCCUGGGAUUGGUUGGCUGGGAGGCUUUGGGAGGGAGGCCAGGAGGCCCCGACAAGCUGGCGGAAGGCAGAGUGAACAGGCCCCGGGGGAGGGGCGUGCGCUCCUCCGUUUGCUAGCCUCUUUCCCCACAAACACUCAGGACGUCUUCGCUGAAGAUUCAGUUACAAAUGAAUGUUUCACUAAAUAAAAUAAAACCUUAAUUUUCUGCCGUCAAAAAAAAAAAAAA